AUGAGUUCUGGAGAAGAUCAACUGGUUUUAAACCUGGUUGAAAAGUUAUCAAUCUCUUCAAAUAAUGAUAACCUGAUUCCAUUAUCUUUGAAAAAUUAUUUUCUCCCAUCGUUAUAUACUUUAGAUCUCCAAAUCAAUCAUACCAAACCUAAUUUUCAAGGUGAAUUACUGAUUCAAUUAAUUAAAAAUGAUCAAUGCAAUAGUGUUUCAGAAAAUGUGUCAAUCACCUUACAUUCUAAAAACUUAAUCUUAACUCAAACUCAUUUAUCAAGUUCAAAUUUAGAAAAUUCCAUUAAAUUAUCCACUACUUAUAAUAGACAAUAUCAUACUGUUACUUUAUCAUGUUCAUUACCUGAUACCAUUUCAAUUUCAGAACUUAUAGAUCCAACCAUUUCAAUCAAAUAUAUGGGUCAAAUCAAUACCAUCAAGACUUAUAAAGAUGCUACUACCGGUUUAUUCAAAACUAAUUAUCUUGAUAAUGUAGCAGGUAAUGCCAAUAAUUAUAUCCUUGCAACUCAUUUCCAACCAAAUUUCGCUAAAUUAGUAUUCCCCUUAAUUGAAGAGACUAAUAUGAAAGUGCCUAUUAAAUUAUCCAUAACCACCUUAUCUAAAUUCAAAGUAUUAUCGAAUCAAAGUUUGGAAUCAAAUCAAACUUUAAAUAUGAGUGAAAAUUCAAAAUUCAUUUUUAAAACUACUCCACCUAUUAGUUCAUCCGUGUUUGGUUUCAUCAUUGGAGAUUUCGAAUUCGUCGAAGAUAAAGUCGAUCAUAUUCCUAUUAGAAUCUAUACCACUAUAGGUGAUAGUAUCAAUGCUUAUUAUGGAUUAAAAGUAAUUAAGAAAAUCCUUCCCUUGAUGAUUCAAAAAUUCGGUGCUUAUCCAUUAUCAAAACUUGAUUUCAUAACAUUACCCUUCUUAAACGAUGGUGCGAUGGAGAAUUGGGGGAUGAUAACAGUAUUAUCGAAUCAAUUAUUGAUCAAUGAGAUUGAAGCUAGUAAUAAACAGAAAUUACAAAUUCAACAAUUGAUCUCGCAUGAAUUGAUUCAUCAAUGGCUUGGGAAUGCAGUGUCGUUUGAUGAUUGGAGGUAUCUUUGGUUGAAUGAAAGUUUCGCUACUUUCUUGGGUAAUUAUUUCGUUAAGAAUAUCAAUUAUGAAUCAUCGCAAAUCGAUAUGGUUGAAUCAUUCAUGGAUAAAGAUAGUUUUGUUGGAAAUGUGGGUUCUAUCCAAUCAUACAUGUCUAAAAUCAAUACCGGCUUAUCGGCCACAACUUCAACCAUCUUUGAAACCAACUCAUAUGAAAAGGGAAUCAUUAUCUUGAGAAUGAUUGCUAUUAUGUUAAAGAAAGAUCAAAAUUAUGAUGACGAAAAUUAUAAUGAAUUAUUACAAGGGUUGAAAUCAUUUUUUGAAAAGUAUAAUAAUAAAGUGAUUAAACCUUUUGAAAUAUGGUCUGAAUUAAAUGAAUUAACUUCAGUUGAUUUAUUAUCGUUCUUUCAUUCAUAUUUACAAUAUGAAGGAUUCCCCCUCGUCAAAGUUUCAUACCCUCAACAGGAUAAACUUCAUAUUGAACAACAUCGAUUCAUAAAUGAUUCCACAAUCGAUCAAUUACAAUUAGAAGAUUAUCCUUUCCAUGUUCCACUUUUACUUAAGAUCAAAGAUUCAAAUGGUCAAUUUAAAAUCCUUAAUAUAUUAUUAACUGAUAGAUCGAUUGAUUUAGAUAUUCCUCAAUGCCAAUUAAUCAAUAUUAAUCAUUUGAAAGGAGGGUAUUAUCGUGCUUUAUAUGAAUUCGAUGUUAAGAUUUUUGAUAUUGAUAGUAAUGAUUUGAUUUCAAUCUUACAUGAUUAUGGGAAAGUUUUACUUUAUUCAAUUCAUGGUACAAAUGUUGAAUUGAUUCAAUUUAUUAAUAUUUUAAUCCAAUUCACUGAUAAAUCAUGGACCGUGGAUUGGAAAGUAUUGAAAGUGGCUUUGACAUAUCUUGAAUUAUUAAACAAUACGUUGAUUAAUUUCACUGCUUAUGAUGAGUUUAAAAAUCUUUGGUUGAAAUCAUUCCUUAAGAAAAUAUAUGAAAAGAUUGGUCAUUGGGAUGAUUUAUUAACCAUUAAUCGUGAUAAAUAUUCUUCUCAUGAGUUCGAAGUAAGAAAUUCAAUCCUUACAUUAGCUUUAUUAACUAUUGAAGAACCAAAAUUAAAAUCUAAUAUUGAAAAAUUAGUAUCGAAAUUGUUUAAAAGUUUCCUUAAUUCAUCUAAAUCAUUCAUACCCCAUCAAUUAUUAUCAUCAAUUUUCAUUGGAACCAUCAAACAAAACAAUGUUCAAGAUUAUAAAAAGAUCUUGGAAUUAGUGAAGAAUUCAAAUACUUCACUUUUAAACCAUACUAAUCUUUCAAAUCCAAAUGAAUUACAAACCAUCGCCUUAAGUUCAUUAGCGUUUGUCACUAGUGAAGAGUUAAUCAACAAGACGCUUAAUUUCAUGAUGACUAAUAUUGAUUCCAAAUUGAUUGAAUUGAGUUUAAUUGGAUUUCAAUAUAAACCGGCUAUCAAUGAUCGUCUUCGAUUAUUCAAUUGGUAUAAGUUACAUUAUGAUCAAUGGAUCUUAAAAUCAUUACGAAAAGGAUCUGAAUGGUCAAAACAAUUAGGAAAUACCAUGAAAAACUUAUCUACUAUGGUAUUAGGAGAAAUCAUGCAAAAGAAUAGUUCUCAAUUACAAGCUUUAACGAAGGAAUUCAUUUCAACUAAACUAACCAGUUUACCUAAUCAUGAUUUGAAAUCAUUAGUGGAAGAAAUUAAUGAAUCCAAUACCAUUAGAAUUCACAUCGCUAAUGAUAUAUAUCCUCAAUUAAUCACUUUCUUGGCUGCCAACCCUUUAAAAUAA